ACAGAGGCGUCGACCGUCUUACUCCUCAUGGCUUACAUCGGAAGAUUAUUUUCUUUCGCAGUUCUGUUUGGCUUUGUGACCGCUGAGCUGCACAAAAGAACAGCUCCUGUGUUCCUGGAAAAGUGGGAUGCACUUAGUUUGAUUUCCCGCCAGAAGAGAAGCAACGCGGGUGACGAAGAGACUAAACUCCCUGCCAGCCUCGAGAGGGAGUGUUUAGAGGAGGUUUGUGAUUACGAAGAAGCAAGAGAAGUCUUCCAGGAUAAUUAUCGCACCGAUAUCUUCUGGUCCGUCUACAUCGAUGGUGACCAGUGUGCUGAGCAGCCAUGCAAAAAUGGAGCCAUGUGUUCGGAUAGUGUGGGGGGCUUUGACUGCAUUUGUAAAUCAGGCUUUUCGGGGAAUAACUGUGAGACAGAUCAAACGGUAUGUGUAAUCGAUAAGAGCAAAGGGUGCAGUCAGUUUUGUAAGCCGGGCUAUCAGUCGUACGAGUGCUCGUGUGCGUACGGCUGGAAACUGCAGCAGAAAGAGAAGUGCGUGCCGGCUGUAACGUUUCCAUGUGGAAAAGUGGCAAGUUUGAGUCAGUGGGACAGACGUCAGUCAGCUAACACACGGUCAGACUAUCAAGGACUCACCUGCGGCUCAGAAGAGUGUCCCUGGCAGGCGAUGCUGCGACAAGGAUCGGUUGGUUUCUGCAGUGGGGUGAUCCUCAAAGAGAACAUGGUUCUCACCACAGCCCAGUGCGUUAGGAAGCACGACAACUUUCAGGUGGCGGUGGGUAAAAGGGUGACCUCAUUCGAAGCAGGAGAGCAGACGCUUCAGGUAAAGCAGGUGCACAUCCACCCGCUCUAUGCUGAGGGCAAACCUGACAAUGACAUGGCUGUAGUAGAGCUGACGCAGAAGAUGGUCUUCAAGAAGAGCGUGCUUCCAGCCUGUCUGCCCGAGAGAGACUUCGCUGACAAUGUGCUCAUGGCGGGCGACUACAUGGGUGUCGUCAGGUGGAAGGAAGCUUCAGGUGCAACGGAUCUUGAAGGGAACCUCAUGUUAAACCACCUGUCCUAUGACAAACUGCUGGUUUGCUCGCAGCGCCACUCUGGUCAGGUCACCAACAAAAUGGCGUGUACUCUGCCUCGAGCUAAAGCAGACUGCAUCUUGGGACACGGCAGCCCUGUGCUCACGCUGUACAGAGAGGUGUUCUUCCUCACCGGCAUGGUCAGCCAGCCUCCAGGAACCGACUGCAAGAACGGUUAUGUCUUACAGAAAGUGUCCCGCUUCUUGCCAUGGUUAAACACAUUCAUGCGCCCGUAAUGGAAGAGAAAAAGAAUGAAUGUACGAUA